AUCGAGUUGAAUGGUUUGCACUUCAGGGCCACCGUAGGUCAAAGAUGUUCUGGAGAAACGGUCUAUGUUCCACCAACAUGAUAUGUUCUACUGAAAUUUAGAGGAAGGCAGUGAAAUAACAGAGUGCAUCCUGUCCUGUUAUCUAUUCAAUUUAUCUAUUUAUUUGGAAACCAUGACAGCAGUCCACAUGUGACGGUCUAAAGUUACUUACUCGGAGGCUUUCACAGAUCAAAACGGCUUCAUUUUCGAUAAAAGGCGACAAAAUACAAAAAGUUUAUUCAUCAACUACAGACUGUUUUCUGUUGAUACUAAAGAUAUUCAUCACAUGAUGAAAAAUGAAACAAGCUGCAAACACUCAAUCAUUCAGCAUAAAGGAUGUGGUCUGACGUGGAGAUCAGAUAAAUGAUGAUCUGAUCAUAGCAGCGGGCGGCACAUGUAUAAAUAUCUGUCAGGCAGAGACUCUCUGAAGCUUAAGUGUGAUUUCCUGACACCAUGAAGGUUCUGGGACAGUUUCUGCUUUUCCAUGCUCUGAUUUGUGCUGCAUCACAUGUUCAAGGAAGUGUCAUCAUCAAGGGGGAUCUUGCUCCAGAAGGUUCCAUGCAGUUCAUGGUGUCCGUCCAGAACAAAAAUGGUCACGUGUGUGGAGGCUUCCUCAUCAGCGAGGACUUUGUGGUCACUGCUGCUCACUGUGACAUUGGUUUGAAGCACGUCAUUCUGGGAGGACACAACUGGAAGAACAGCAAUGCCAAGAAAAUUGAAAUAAGCAACCAAUGCAAGUACAAAAAUUACAGUGAUGUUGGAAAUGGUUCCGACAUAAUGCUCCUUAAAUUGGCCAACAAAGCUCCCAUGGGACAGAACAUUAAAACAAUUCCACUGGCAAAAAAGAACACGAACUUGAGUGUAAAUCAGGAGUGCUCUGUGGCUGGAUGGGGGAAGACGGUGAGCACUGGCGGUCUUGCGGAUGACCUGAGGGUGGUGAAUGUGUCCAUCAUAGAUCACAAUGACUGUCAGCAGAGUUGGGGCCGCCUUCCCCCCAAUGUGAUCUGUGCAGGUGGAAAGUAUACAGACAAAGGAUUCUGUCAGGGGGAUUCUGGUGGUCCUCUGGUGUGCAACGGCAAAGCUGUGGGCAUUGUCUCUUUUAACAAAAACAACAACUGCACAUACCCUGAUGUGCCCAACGUCUACACGGACAUCAGAGAAUAUGUUGACUGGAUCAAAUACAUCACCAUAGUAAACUCGUGCCCCCUGUGAAAGUUUUUUCCAAAGAUUUUUGAUAAUUUUAGCCAAUAAAAUAGUAAAAAAAUGAUUUUACUGUUUGUAAGUCAUUCCAAGUAUCAGCUGUUUGAUGUACUAAUGAUUUUUAACAGUUGUAGACAUGGAGUCCACAUUUAAAAAGAUUAAAAACGAAGAUGCACAAAA